AUGUUACCUAUAAGGAGACGUUUGCCGAACGCCUUCCCUUCAGUGAUAACAAUCAGACGUUCAGUAGGUAUUAUACGAUCAAGAAAUAAUAAUAAGAACUUAAUAUGGGUGCCGUGUAGACAUUUUUCGUCGUCAUCUCCUUCUUUGACACGUUCCCUAAUUCCUUUGUCUAUACAAUCGUACUUCAGGAAAAAACCUACCGGGCAAACAAUAUCUGCAAUACUGAUAACAUUGCUGAUAACGACGUCAGCAAUCUAUUGGAUUUCACCUAACAAGAAUAAACAUACCUUACCAACAAUCGACGCUCAUGAAAAUCUUCCAGCCGGUAAUGUCGAAACACUUAAAAAUCCUUCAUUAGAAGAUUUACGUAACACGUCGGAAAACAUUGAAGACCAUUUUGUUACCGAUAAUACAGGGACAAACCAACCUAUUGAUCCUAAAGAAUCAACACUGGAUGGUCCAAGAAUCGAAAUUCCUGUUCUCUCUGAGGAGAAUAUUAGAAAUACUGAGGAUAUCCUACUUUCGGAUGAGAAUGAUGAUGAUAAUCGACAUGAAGAACAAUCAGCCUCUACUGAACUCAGUGGUGAUAUAUUAUCUGAUGAAUCAAUUAAUUCAGAAAGGGAUGGAGAAAACGAUUCUGUAGUUUGGUUUGACAGCGUCAUCCCACCAUCCAUCGGAAGUGAUGAGGAACCAUCGAAGGAUAAUAUUAUUACUGAAGAUCAAAUAUCAAAUGCGGAUGAACUAAAAAGGUUAGAGGACGAAAUAAACACCAGACAAGUCAAAGAGCAGUCUAAUCCAUCACCAACGGAAUCGGAACAUGUACCAAAUCUUGCUACUGGAUCUAUUUCGAAUCAUUUGGAUGAAUCAAAGAAUCCAGUACAUGAAGAAAAAGAAGAACAAUUUUAUUUAGAAGAGAUUAAUAUUCCCGGUGAUAUUACCAUAUUAAAUCCACGUAGUUCAGUACCGCAAGAUCAUGAAUGUGAGGAGGAAAAACAAAAAAUCACGACCACUACUGUACAAAGGACGACGCCCAGUGAAUUUGAGGAAUUUGAAGAUACGGAAGAUGAAGAAUCUUUGUCUACUAAUGAUUCCUUAAAUUAUGAAGAGAUUAUAAUUCCAGGAGAUAUAAAUCUUAUAAGUAUGAAUGAUCAUAAAUUUCAUCACAAUGGUGAUAAUAAAAAAACCGUUGAAGAUGUGAAAAUUAAUACUUCGCAACCGGAGAAUAUCAUAAAGGUUGUUCCAGGAAUAGAAAAUUCAAAUAAUGAAACUAAUGAAAAUAAUUAUGCUAGGAAUCCGGAGGUUGGUGUCCCUACGUCUGCCACUACUGAAGAUGAAGAUAGAAAGGAGGAGGCUUCACGUAAGGUAGUAGAAGACAGACUUGUGGAGGAACGAGAAACUAACAAAUCGGCAGGCUCAGUCACUAACGAUAUUGAAAAUGAUAUAGAAAAUAAAAAAGAAGAAACUGAUACAAAGAUAGAACUAAGCUCCAACAGUAAUGAACCUGGUAUUGAUGAAAUAAUUGAAGCGAACACACUAACAAAACAGGAUAUAGAUGAAACAUUAUCACAAGACGAAGAAGAAAAUAUGAAGAAGAAGGAAAAAGAAUUACAUGAAGAAGGAGCUUAUAAUCCUGAUACUGGUGAAAUUAAUUGGGAUUGUCCAUGUUUGGGUGGAAUGGCUCAAGGACCAUGUGGUAAUGAAUUUAAGAUAGCGUUUUCAUGUUUCGUUUAUUCAAAGACGGAGCCUAAGGGAUCUGAUUGUUGGGAUAAAUUCAAAAACAUGCAGACUUGCUUUAGACUAUAUCCUGAGUAUUAUUCUAAUGAUAUUGGUAAAAAUGAAUCUAAGAGUGAAGUAAUAAAGCCGAAGGCCGAUACCAAUACUCAACUGCCACCCUCCUAG